CCGAGCGCACGCAGGCGUUGGCAUUGGCCACCCUGGCGGUUGGCUGAGUUCGGUCUCUGAACAGGUCGGUAGACAACAGGCUCACUCGUAUGCCAGGCCUGUCCAGGGACCGCAGGCCGUGAGAAGCUGAGAACUCAGGCCACCAAUGGCUGAUAAGGCACCACCACCUCCAGCCAAACCUGGGGAGGAAAAAAAAGAAGGAGAUCAACAAAAGGUACAGCCCAAGGAUGAAGUGGGUACCCGGAAGGGGUGCCGCCGCUACCGGUGGGAGCUCAAAGACAGCAAUAAAGAGUUCUGGGUCAUUGGGCACGGCGUGGUCAAGUUCCUGAGUUUGGGCUUCCUGAUUACAACACUGGUACUGUUCAAGUCAGUCCCUGGCGUGCACCCCAUCUUGCUGCUCAUCAUCACCAUGGAGAUAUCCAUCUUCCUCUUCUUAAUUUUGCUCUACUCCUUUGCCAUCCAAAGAUACCUGCCCUUCAUCCUGUGGCCUGUUACCGACCUUCUCAACGACCUCGUUGCUUGUGUGUUCCUUGGAGGAGGUGUGUACUUUGCUACGGAAAAGCGACCAAACAUGCCAGUAAACUACUUAAUUGCUGUGAUCCUUAUGGGUGUGACUGCAUUUCUUUCUUUAAUUGAUGUAUGUCUGCAAAGAAAACACUUCAAAGGCAAGAAGAUCAAAAGGAAUAUACUGGUCCCUCCACCAAAGCCAGGUGAAAAGCCACCAGAACCAGAAAAGCCAGAGGACAAGGACAAGGCAGACGAUAAGGGCAAAGGAGCAGCAGCUGCCAAGGGAAAGGGGGCACCACCACCACCACCACCAGCAAAGGGCAAGAAGUAACUCACAGGCAGCUCCUGCUGUCAGAAG